GAGCCGCAGCGGGGAGGCGGCACUCGCAGCGGGAGCCGCAGCCUCCCGCCGCGCCGCCACGCCGUGCCCCGUGGGCGGGCCAAGUCCGCCGCGUCGCGUGGGCCGACAUGGAGGUGGGCGAAGGCGACGAGGACAGCGAUGCGGCCCCGGCAGGUGUGCAGGUCUCCUCGGGCCCCGUCCCCCUCACGGCGGAGCAGCUCGCCGUGGAGGUGGAGAUCCUCGAGGCGGCCAAGGUCAAGUACGGGCUCGUCGAUCUGGCGGUCGAGAGCUGGGCCCCCACGUACCGCGGGCUGGCCGAUCGCGUGCAGCUGGUGCAGCUCAGCCAGGAGCACAUGGCAGCUCGGAAGGCCGCGGAGCCGCCGCCUGAGCCCAAGCUGGCGAACGUGCUCCAGCGGCGCGACGCCGCCGUGCAGAAGAAAGAGCGCGCCCUGGCCCGCCUGGACGCCCAGAAGGAGGCGCGUGCCAAGUACCAGGCGGAGGUGGACGCGGAGCUCGCGAAGUACCAAGCGGAGGUAGACGCGGAGCAGGCGGUGGUCGACAAGCACGAGGCGUCGAUCCAAGCGCUUGCGCGCAAGGCGUCGGAGCUCGCCGCCAAGGAGGCCAGCCCUCGCCCGCCGCGAGCCGAGGCCGUCGUCAGCGACGACGUGGCGCAGCUCGUCGAGCUGCUCGGCCAGGCGUGCGGCAAGGUCGGCCUCGGUGUGCCCUCCGAGAUGGCAGCCGGCCUGGAGGCCCUUGCCAAGGACGCCAAGGCCAAGGAGGAGCAGCAGCUGCAGCAGCAGCGGGCCGCCGAGGAGGCAGCCGCAGCGGAGCGUGCUGCCGCGGCCGCCGCGGCCGCCGCGGCCGCGGAGCAGGGCGACAAGGGCGGCGAGCACAAGCCGGCGGGGCCCGCUGUGGACCUUGAUCUGGAUCCUGAUGGCGACGAGGCUUCCUGGGACCUGUUCGGGCUCGGCGCUGGGGCGCGUGACGACCCCGCCGAGCUUCGAGCCGCUCGCAAACAGAAGCUGGCCCAGCUUGCCGAGGCAGGCUGGUGCAAGCGGCGCCGGAGGGGCAAGCGCAGCUCCGAGUUCGUGGUGAUCUCCGCCAAUGGCUCGGGCUGGGGGCCCCUGACGGCGCUCUGGAGCGACGAGAACACCAUGCGCAGCCACAGGGCGGACUGCUGGUGCGUCCAGGAGACGCAGCUCUUCGCCAAGAGGUUGGUAGCUGAGGAGCAGUGGUGCAGGCAGCACGGCGUGGCAGCCGCGCUGACGGCGGGGGACGUGGAGCAGCGCCGGGCCGCCUCGUCAGGCACGGGCGUGGUGGUGCGCUCCAACAGGGGCAUGGCGGAGCCCGACGGCGCGGGCUCCAGGCACGUCGACGCGGAGGGGCGGUGCACGGCCGUCCUCGUCAGCGGCGUGCAGCGCGGCGGAGUGCUCAUGGCCAGCGUGUACUUGGCCAACGACAGCCUGGGGGAGCGCUCCUGGGCGCUGCUGGCCCAGCUGGGGUCGGCAGCCCGCGCCGCGGGGAGACCCUUCAUCCUGGCGGGCGACUGGAACGUCGGGCCCAAGCAGCUCUGCGAGGAGGGCUCGGCCUGGCUGCAGGGCAUCGGCGGCGCGGCGGUCAGCAACGACGGCGGGCAGCCGACGAUGAGGGAGGGAUUGGACGUCGAGUCGGAGCUGGAUUUCUUCGUGGUGUCCAACGACCUCCUCCACAGGUUGCAGGGAUGCAGCGUGGUCCCUGGGCCCUUCCGCCCGCGCUCGGCGGUGCGGCUACAGCUGCGCGCGCAUGGCGCGGCGCCGCUGGAGCGCAGGCUGCGGGCCCCGCGGCCCUUCCCGACGCACAGGGCCAUCGGGUCGUUGCCGCCCCCGGUUGAGGUGCCGCCCGAGGUGCUGCGGGCCUGCGAGUCGGCCGACUCGCCAGAGGCCCUCGACGCCUCGUACUUGCAGGUGAUGCGCCUCGUGGAGUCGGGGCUGCUGGUCGUCCACCAGAUCGCGCCGACCGACGAGGACAGCUUCAAGGGUCGCGGGCUGCCGCCCGCGUUCAAGUGGCAGCAGCCCGACUUGAGCGGGCGCGGCCAUGGCUCCAGCGCGCCCCGCCCCAAGGAGGGCACGGCGGCCAAGCGCCUGCCGGCCGUUGCCGACCUGUUCGGCCACAGGGCGCGGGGGCUAGCGUGCAGCUUCCCAGCCUGGGCAGUGGGCGCGAUGCCAGAGCUUUGGGCCGAGCGAGCCCGCCAGGCGACCAGCAGCUCCCCCGAACGCUUACGGGCGUGGGAGCAGGAGGCCAGGGCCGAGGCGGCCAAGGAGAGGUCGAUCUUCGCGUACGAGCGGACGUGCGGCUUCAGCAAGUGGCUGCGCGACUCCUUGGCGCAGGGCGCGGGCCAUGCCCACGCCUUCAGACGCGGGCCGCGCGGCUGGGUGGCGGACGAGCUCGCGGGGCCGGACGCCGAGCCCGCAUGCGGCCAGGAGCGGGUCGACAGCGCGGCCAAGUUCUGGGCUAACGAGGUCUGGACGCACCGCUCAAACUCCGCGGCCAGAGAGGGCCAGCAGGCGGAGCCUACCGGCGUGGUGACAGCUCCUGGGGGAGAGGGGCCGUCGGCCACCGAGCCCGCGCCCGUUCCGUCAUUGGGCGAG